AUGAUUGAUGUUGCUUCUAGUCAACCAAAAAAACAUUUCGAAGCUUCAAUUAUUGCUGAAGCAUGUCUUAAUAUGUUAUCUUAUUUAUUUUAUGAUGCAAAAUCUCAUUUAACAAUUCGUAAACCAUCGAAAUUUGAUAAAUGUUUAUUACUUGGAUAUGGAGCUAUUGGACAAGCUGUUGCUUAUGCAUUAAUACAUAAGAAAGAUUUAGGAUUAUUUUUAAAAGAUUCUGUUUAUAUAUGGGAUACAGAUUUGAUUAAAAGAAAAUUAGCUGAGAAAGAUGGAUUUCAAAUAUUUAAUCAAUUGAAUAAUAAAGAUGAAUUUAAUUAUAUAAUUGGUUGUGCUGGUCGUUGUUCAUUACCAAUAUCAUCUUUAUAUUUAUUAUGUAAUAAUUUUUAUUUAAUUAGUGUUUCAUCUGCAGCUAUUGAAUUUCCAUUUCAUGAUAUGAUUCAAUAUGCUUUAUCUAAGACUUCAAAUAAAAAUUUAGAAAUUUGUUUACCGAAUGAUGAAUUAAAUCAUUUAGAUGAUGAAAAUAUUCAUCGAAAUAUUUGCUAA